CUACUUUUACCACUUUGACCAAAAUCAGUAUGAAUGACCAGGUGUUUUCUGAGACCAUGAAGGCCAUCCGUACAAUGCUGACAACAAGAAGCAUAAAAGAAGAUUUGAUACUGCCCUCUUUACUGUUACAGAGGAACCCCAAGGUGCUAAAGCAGUCUCCCUUUCCGAUGUCAUCCUGCUGGGCCAUUAAGCAACGUUUGACCUGGUGAACCACCAGAUCCUCUUCUUCAUCCUCCAAGAAAUGGCUGUCUCAGACCUUGCAACCUCGCUGUUCUCAUCCUACCUCAAGGACCAUGCUACAAGGAUUGAGAGAAGACAAUGUUUUCUUCGCAAAUUCAACGUUACACGAGCAAGUUAUAGAGCAAGGUGAGACGACACAGGGGACUGACUGAGGGGAGUGUGAGAGCACAGAGCCAGUGGAGUUGUGCAGUGAGAGUGAGUUUGUUGGAGAAGCUGUUGCUGAAAACAUUUAAACUGAGAAACGACAGAGACUUUCUGCAUAGAGGAAUUCCAUGCUGACUGGAUAACUGUUGAACUUACAGUUCUGUGAGGACUUAAAAAAACGAGAAAGAGAAGAAACUGGAUACAAAAAGGAAAGGAAGAAAAGAGAGAAGUUCCAGAAAACGGAGUCUGAGAGAAUCUAGAGGAAAAGAAGAGGAGGGAACUGACGCUCCACUGGAGCUCCACCGUGGACCGAGAUGGAAGUCUACACUGUGACGGUAGCAACUGGUACAUCAGAGUAUUCAGGCACCAACAACUACAUCUUUGUGACCCUGGUGGGAGAGAACGGGGAGAGUGAACGCACCCUGCUGGACAACCCCGGUCUGGACUUCUGUAGAGGAGCAGUGGAUGAGUACAAAGUGAACAGCCCUUCACAUUUAGGGACCCUGCUACUGGUCAGACUGGAGAAACAGAGGUACUGGUUGGAAGAUAACUGGUACUGUCGCUACAUCACAGUGAAACCUCCAGGUGGCGGGACGGCAGUGACGUUCCCAUGUUACCGCUGGCUUAUAGGAGACAUCAAGGUGGAGAUUAGAGAGGGAACAGCAAAGACACACAGGGAUGACUCCUUACCUCAGCUGCUGGCACACAGGAAGACAGAGCUGCAGGAGAGGCAGACGACUUUCAGAUGGGUAACGUGGGCUGCAGGGAUCCCUAGAUGUAUUGACGCUAAAACAGAGGCAGAUUUACCCCAAGACGUUCGCUUUGACAAUGAGAAACGGAGCGACUUUGAACAUUCCUUACACUAUGCCUUGCUGGAGUUGUCUCUGAAGAAGCUGGCCAUCAGGUUUGGAAAGUCCUGGAGCGACCUGGACGAUUUCAAACGGAUCUUUUGGAAGCUGCGGAGCCCAAUAGCAGAGUACUGUAUGGAGCACUGGAAGGAGGACUGUUUCUUUGGCUACCAGUGUAUGAACGGCUCGAACCCAAGAAUGAUUCAGAGGUGUAAGAAGCUGCCAGAGAACUUUCCAGUCACAGCAGACAUGGUGCAGAGCUCCAUGGCUCCCAGGACCAACCUCAACAAAGAACUCAAGGCAGGGAAUAUCCACCUGUUAGACUACGCCAUCAUGGAUGGGAUUCCCGCCAACACAAUCAAUGGUAAACUUCAGUACAUCGCUGCUCCGCUCUGCCUGCUGUACCAGCACCCAGACGACGGGCUCAUACCUAUAGCUAUACAGCUUGAGCAGAACCCCGGCCCGGACACACCCAUUUUCCUGCCCAAAGACCCCCCCCUGGCCUGGCUGCUGGCUAAGAUGUGGGUGCGUCACUCUGAGUUCCAGGUGUUCCAGGUGCUGUCUCACCUGCUCAGGACUCACCUGGUGAUCGAGGUGUUCUGUGUGGCCACUCUGAGACAGCUGCCUGCUGUGCACCCGAUAUAUAAGCUCCUGGCUCCUCAUCUGCGCUACACUCUGGAGAUUAACUGCAGGGGGCGCAGUCAGCUCAUCUCAGCUAACGGCAUCUUCAAAAGGGUUGUGUCUACAGGCGGUGAUGGCCUGUUGAUUCUGGCUCAGAGGGAGUACAAGGUGCUGACCUACCGCUCCCUGCAGCCCCACCAUGACUUUACUGACAGAGGAGUUUCCCAGCUCCCAAAAUAUUUCUACAGAGAGCACAGUCUGAUGCUGUGGGACGCCAUACUCAGUUUUGUCACAGGUAUAGUCAACCUGUACUACCAGUCAGACCAUGAUGUGCAGGAGGACCUGGAGCUUCAAGCCUGGAUCAGAGACAUAACACAGGAAGGCUUCACAGAGCUCCCCAACUUUGGUCUCCCCAGUAAGCUUCAUACCCGAGAGGAACUCUCCACCCUGCUGUCAGUGGCAAUCUUCACCGGUACAGCCCAGCACGCUGCCACUAACAAUGGACAGUUCGACUGGUGUGCCUGGGUCCCUAACACCCCUUGCACCAUGAGAGAACCCCCACCAACAGACAAGGAUGCUGUCACCAUGGAGAUGAUCAUGGCCACCCUUCCUGAUGUCAGUCAGUCCUGUGUGCAGAUGGCUAUCACAUGGCAUCUGGGGCGAGCACAGCCAGACGCAAUUCCUUUGGGCCAAUACACAGAGGAGCAUUUCACUGAGGGGCGGGCCCAGGAGCUGAUUGACCAGUUCAGAACAGAGCUGAAGGAGAUUGAGGACCAUAUUGUGAGUCAGAACGAAGGACUGGAGCUUCAGUACCUUUUCCUCCGGCCCAGCUGUGUGGAAAACAGCAUCACGAUUUAGAAGGACUAACGGACUACAUGUACUGGAGAAAGUAAGUGCUGCCCACCUACAGGAUCACCUCAAAUCCAACAACAUUUUUGAAAAAUUCCAGUCUGGUUUCCACUCUGCCCACAGCACAGAAACAGCUCUGGUUAGGAUCACAAAUGACUUGCUGAUGGCGGCCGAUGCUGGCUCACCCUCUCUCCUCAUUCGGCUUGACCUGUUUGCAGCAUUCAACACCGUUGACCAUGGCAUACUGCCCAACCAGCUACGUCACCACUGGACUCACUGACAUCGGCCUUCAUACCUCACUGACAGAACUGAGCAUGUCUCCAUGGGAGGUGCAAGGUCCCGGACGCACACUGUCACCUGCGGGGGCCCUCAAGGGUCGGUUCUCGGCCCCACCUUCUUCACGCUCUACAUGCUCCCCGUCAGCCGUGUUAUCAGUAAAUACGGAAUCUCAUUCCACUGCUACGCUGAUGACACACAAUUAUACAUGAAAAAAAGAAACACACACCCCUGCAGCUUCACCACCAACUUCAUCAUCAUCACAAUCUCUGU